UCUCAUUACUAUUAAUGCAUAAUAUUAAUUAUGUUUGUACACCACAAAUAAAAUAAUCGAAAACCUCAUCAGUCGUGAUUUGAAGUUCAGAAUGUCUUUACUCUUCGACGAGUCUUUGAAAUCAAUUGAAUUUCUUUUUAAAUAUGUUGGUAUAUAUUUGGAUCGUACAAUUCCGAAUACCGCAGAGCAUAUAAUAAAAUUCAGAUCGCUGUAUAUAAUAAGUUUCCUUUGGCUGAAUACGGAUGUUAUUGGUGAAAUAUUAUGGAUCAUACAGGGCGCUCUAUAUGGAAAAAGUCUAACCGAAUUGACUUAUAUAGUACCCUGUACAACUUAUUGCUUGCUUGCAAACAUGAAAUCCCUCUCCCUGCUUCUUAAUGAUGAUAAAGUAAAGCAAUUAUUCAAACAACUUCGGAACAUGGAGAAUAAUAUUGAUAUUGGCGAUGAUUUAGUUGAGAAAAUCGUUGCUGAAGAAAAAACGUAUUUAAAGGCUGUUAUAAAGGCUUUGAAUGUAAUCAACGCUCUUACACUGAUAUUGUUUGAUGUGUGCCCUUUACUGUUAAUUGGAUUAGAAUAUAAGAAAUCGGGACAGCUUGAGCUGGUUCUGCCGUUCCUGAUUGUUUAUCCGUUUAAUCCUUAUGACAUAAAAUACUGGCCUUUUGUAUACGUGCAUCAAAUUUUGUCUGCAUACAUGGUGGUGACUAUGGUAGCUGGAACCGACUGCCUCUUCUAUACAUGCUGCACUAGCAUUUGCACGCAGUUUCGUUUGCUGCAAAACGACAUGGAAUCCAUUAUUCCUGAACGUAAUUUUGAUGAAAAUGUGUUUUGGGAAAAGUUUAAGAAUUUAGCUGUUCGUCAUGAGGGCAUCAUGCAGUUUGCUCUAGGGGACAUAGUGUUCAUGUUGUCCUUCCUCUCAUUUUUGCUGAUGAGUCUGAUGCAGAUUUACCUGCUCUGUUUUUACGGGGACAAGAUCAUGACAUCGAGCAUGGAAGUAAGCAACGCCGUGUAUAAUUCCAAAUGGUACACAGUGAACGCAAAAGCAGCAAAGCACCUGUACGUGGUUCAAAUGAGGUAA